CAAAAUUGUGCAACCCCUGAUAUUUGUAAGAACUGUGUGUCUCAGUUAAUCAAUCUCUCUCUCUCUUUAGCUCUCUCCAGUCUCUACACUCACCCCACAUCUCAACCCCUUCUCUUCUCCAACCUUCAUCCUAGGUUUCCACCGACUCUUCAAACCCAUAUUUUGUUGGGUUGGGAGGGAGUAGGUUUGAAUUCAAUUGAAGUACUACAGUUUCAUAAUGGAAGUGCCUGUUGUGUCCUUCAUUGUCAACAGACUUGGACUUUUGUUAACUGAAGAAGCAAAAUUCUUAAAAGGAGUAAGCGGCCAUGUUGAACAAAUCCGAGUCGAGUUGAAGCGAAUGCAAUGCUUCUUACAAGACGUAGAUUAUGCAAUACAAACUGAUCUUGUAGAUGCGAGGGUCAACAAUUGGGUUGCGGAAAUCAGAAAACUUGCUUAUGAAACCGAAGACAUCCUUGAAACUUUUGUCAUCCAAGUUACAUCCAAAAGGAACAAAAAGGGUUUCCGAAACACCCUUAAAAGAUUCGCUGGCAUCUUCGACGAAUGGCUAGACAUUCACAGGGUCGGAAGUGAGAUCGGUGCCAUUAAAAACAAGAUCGCUGACCUCACAGCUAGUUUGCAUACUUACGGCUUGAAAAGUAUAGGUGAUGGCGUAAGAAGUUCGACAAUAGAGAAGCAACAAGAAUUGAGGCAAUCGUAUCAGCAUGUUGUUGAAGAGGAUUUUGUUGGGUUUGAGGAAGACUUGAACAUGGUUGUGAAACAUUUGGUGCAAGUUAAUGAUUAUACUCCUAGUCGAGUUGUCUCUAUUUGUGGCAUGGGUGGUUUAGGCAAGACCACUCUAGCUAAAAAAGUAUAUCAUCACAAAGAUAUUCAAAGUCACUUUCAAGGUUUGGCAUGGGUAUGCAUAUCUCAGCAGUAUCAAACAAGAGAUAUUCUGCAAGAAAUCUUCAUCAAUCUUGUUCCAGAGAGGAAGGAAGAUGUUGUUAGGAUGGCAAAUAAAGAGUUGUUUGAGCAGCUUUAUAAAAUCCAACAAAGUAAAAAAUGCUUAGUCGUAUUGGAUGAUAUUUGGUCAAUAGAGGCUUGGAAAAGCUUGAAACCGGCCUUCCCAAAUGGAAACACUGGCAGCAAAAUAUUGCUAACAACUCGUAAUAAAACACUGCCUUCACAGAUAGAUCCAUACCAUAUCUUCCAUGAGCCCUCAUGUUUAAAUGACGAGGAAAGUUGGGAUCUACUUCAAAAGAAAUCAUUACUAAGAAGAGAUGGUAGAGACUCUGGAGUGCUUGAUACAAAUAUGGAGGCAAUAGGGAGGAAAAUGGUAAUGCUGUGUGCUGGUUUACCGUUAGCAAUCAUUGUGCUUGGUGGACUUUUGGCAACAAAGCAUACAUUAAGGGAAUGGGAGGUUGUAUACCAAAAUGUUCUUUCGCAUAAAUGGAGUGACGACCCCAUACAACAUGACAAUGGAGUAUCAACGGUGUUAGCUUUAAGCUACCAUGACUUGCCUUAUCAAUUGAAGCCAUGUUUUCUAUAUUUUGGUCACUUUCUGGAGGAUUAUGAGGUAGAUGCUGAAAGACUAUAUCACUUGUGGAUAGCUGACGGUAUAAUUGUAGAUGAUGAUAGAGUGGGAGAUGAAACAAUAAUGGAUGUGGGAAAACGUUACUUGGGUGCGCUUGCACAGAGGUGCAUGGUUCAAGUACAAGUAGACGAGUAUACUCAAAGGAUCAAUUAUUGCCGCAUUCAUGACCUUAUGUUGGAGCUGUGUUUAUCAAAGGCAAAAAUGAAUGAUUUUCUUGGGAUCAUUCAUCUCCAACGUGAAACUGAUCUAGCUAAUUGCUUUUCCACCACAACAUCAACAACUACUGCUCCUAAAAUACGCAAACUUGCAAUUCAUUUGAAUAGGAAUGUCGAAAGAGUUGUCCUCCCUGAAUUGGAGAAAACUAAACAUCUAAGAUCCAUAUUGUUCUGCAAUUCAGGGAGUGUCAACGAGGAGUCUUUAAUAGAGUUGAACGCCCAUUUGAAGUACUUCAAAUUGCUUAGGAAUUUGGAUCUUGAAGGAUUUAAGUUUGAUGAAAAGUCAGUCGAAUCAAUAGGCAACCUAAUUAGCUUGAGGUACUUGAGGUUUGGAGGUUGUUUGAUACCAAAAUGGCAUUCGUCUAUCUGCAAGUUGAAACACUUGCAAACCUUGGAUUUACAAUUUUGCAAGUUCAACUCAGGUGAAGUAAUAGUCAUACAUGGAAUGGAACAAUUGAGGCAUUUGUAUAUUCCGUCGAAUCUCAAUCUCAAUUUUAAAUUCAAAUUUGAUGGGUUGAGCAACCUCGAAACAUUAGGAGGGUUUAACACAGGGUCUUGUGACGUCAAUGAUCUGUGUAAAUUGAUCAAUCUUCGGCAACUAGAAGAUGCAACUUUCUGGAAGAUGCACAAUCAGGACUUAGCGGCUUUCAUCAACUACCUAAGCAUCGGUGCCGACCACCUCCGACAAACAUCCGUAUUAGUUGAAUUUUGCAAAAAAGAAGAAGAGUUGACUCUUCUCAAACAACUGUUAGGGUGUCACCAUCUUUACAGAUUGAGUAUUGAUGGAAUUAUUCCCGAGUUACCAGAGUACUGCAAGGGUUUCUCUCCCAACCUCAUCAAGUUAACGUUGGUGGGAUGUAACCUUGAAGAAGACCCUAUGCCAACAUUGGAGAGGCUACCUAACCUACAAUUUCUCUUGUUAGGUGGUUCCUUUGUGGGGGACAAAAUGGUUUGCUCCGCUAAUGGUUUCCCCCAACUCAAAACCCUAUAUCUCUCUCACUUGACGCAUUUAAAAGAGUGGGAGGUGGAAAAAGGAGCCAUGCCCAAUCUCUCUGUUUUAGCAAUUUAUUUUUGCCGAGGACUAGAAAUGGUUCCAGAGGGACUGAGAUUCAUUGCUACCCUCCAACAAUUUACAAUUACGGAUGGGAGCGAAAAUUUCAAUAACAAGCUUCGAAGGGUCAAUGGUGAAGAAGGAGAAGAUUUUUACAAAGUGCGACAUGUGUCUUCCCUCAAGAUUCGUCGAUUGGGAGAAGAUUAAGAAGAAGAAUGGGAAUGGAAGACGAAAAUAUUGGAAAGGUAGAGUUGGAAUUUGCGGUACUUAAUUUUAUUUUGUUAGUUGUGUCACUAGAUUUGAUUUAUUUUGGUUGUAUUUAAACUUGAGUUGUACUUCACUAUACUAUUCACAACUGUUGGCCUGUAUUAAACAAUAUUUAUUUUAUGUUUCGUUAAAUUUAAAUAUUAAAGACUUGUUUAUUUUAA